GCUGCGCCUGAGGAAGGCCUCGCCUCCUGCGCGCGCGGUUGCGCUGGACGCUCCGAAGGAAAGACAUGGCGCGUGAGCUGCGGGCGCUGCUGCUGUGGGGACGUCGCCUGCGGGCGCCAGCGCUAGCUGUCGCCUCGGGAGGAAAACCAGCUCUGUGUCCUUGGAGGGCCCCAGUCCAGUCCAGAAGCCCCAGGCAAAACCUGGCUUCGAGCUUCCACAUUGGACGGCCAUUCAGCUCACAAGCUGCCGAGGACCGUGAGGAGGCGUCCCUCCACUCCAUCAUCAGCAGCACGGAGACGGUGCAGGGUUCCGUUUCCAAACAUGAGUUCCAGGCGGAGACUAAGAAGCUUCUGGACAUUGUUGCCCGUUCCUUGUACUCAGAGAAAGAGGUGCGGUACCUAUUAAUCACUCGCAGUACCAGCAGGGCCUUUCUGGAUGCGCUGCAGAGCCAGGCGGAGGCCAGCAGCAAGAUCAUCGGCCAGUUUGGAGUGGGUUUCUACUCGGCCUUCAUGGUGGCCGACAGAGUCGAGGUCUAUUCCCGCUCGGCCGGCCCGGACAGCCCUGGUUACCAGUGGCUUUCAGAUGGCUCCGGGGUGUUUGAAAUCGCUGAGGCCUCAGGAGUUAGAACUGGAACCAAAAUCAUCAUGCACCUCAAGUCAGACUGCAAAGAGUUUGCCAGUGAGGCCCGGGUUCGAGACGUGGUGACAAAGUACAGUAACUUCGUUAGCUUCCCCUUGUACCUUAAUGGAAAGCGCAUUAAUACCCUGCAGGCUGUCUGGAUGAUGGACCCUAAGGAUGUGGGCGAGUGGCAGCAUGAGGAGUUCUACCGCUACAUCGCGCAGGCCCACGACAAGCCCCGCUACACCCUGCACUACAAGACAGAUGCCCCUCUCAACAUCCGCAGCAUCUUCUAUGUCCCAGAAAUGGAGGGAGGACCUGGCACGAGCAAUGACCUGCCCUUUGUCUGUCUCCAGGAGGAUAUUGCAAAGCUGCUGCGAUAUGAGUCCUCAGCCCUACCCGCUGGGCAGCUGACCAGUCUCAUGGACUACGCCAGCCGCAUGCAGGCCGGCACUCGUAACAUCUACUACCUCUGCACCCCCAACCGGCACCUGGCUGAGCACUCGCCCUACUAUGAGGCCAUGAAGCAGAAAAACAUGGAGGUUCUCUUCUGCUACGAGCAGUUUGAUGAGCUGACCUUGCUCCACCUUCGUGAGUUUGACAAGAAGAAACUGAUUUCUGUGGAAACGGACAUCGUAAUUGAUCACUACAAAGAGGAGAAGUUCGAGGACGGGUCCGCAGGGCGUGUACUGGAGACCUGUGUUCUUGUGCCUUGUCAUCUGGGGGGCUUCACACCUGCUCAAGACUCCCUCACCCCAGGUCCCCGGUUUUGCUCACAGGUGACUCUUCGACUGGACACCCACCCUGCCAUGAUCACCGUGCUGGAGAUGGGGGCGGCCCGGCACUUCCUGCGCAUGCAGCAGCUGGCCAAGACCCAGGAGGAGCGAGCUCAGCUCCUCCAGCCCACCCUGGAGAUCAACCCCAGGCACACACUGAUCAAAAAGCUCAGUCAGCUGCGAGAGAGUGAACCGGACCUGGCUCAGCUGCUGAUCGAUCAGAUCUAUGAGAAUGCCAUGAUCGCAGCAGGGCUGGUCGAUGACCCCCGAGCAAUGGUGGGCCGCCUGAACAACCUGCUCGUCAAGGCCCUGGAGCGACACUGACUGCAAGGGGCUGGGCCAUGGUCC